AUGUCUUCUUUGCGAGUGAGGCAUGGUGCGUACGUUAAGAAUGUGCGUGUUAUCAUUGGUUAUGCCGAUCAAAUUAUCAACAAGACUAAAACAGUGUGUUGGCAAGAUGACGUAAAAGUCGUUCGAGUUCCAUUUGACUAUUUGGUUCUUGCUACAGGAAGUACAUACCAUUCGAGAUUGAAAUCCUUUGAUACCUCUUCAGUUUAUCGUCUCUCGGAACUGUCUGCUGAACAAACAAUUGAAAGAGGCGAAGUCUGUGCUUAUUAUAGUACGGAAGAUGGCUUUCAGUCUUGUUUAGACGGUCAAGGACGUAUUCGAGUCAAAUCCACUUUGCAAUUAAAUCACCCAAAAUUUCCACACAUUUUUGCCGGCGGCGACAUUACUGACAUAGUUGAAGAGAAGACAGGUUAUGCCGCUACUUUAGCUGGUGCGUGCAUAACGCGAAAUAUUUGCAGACUUGAAAAAGGCAAGUUACCGUUGAAACAAGGCACGAAAGGAACCUUACUGGCCCCUCUAGAACCAUUGCAUGGCGAUGAAGCACUAGGGAAAACUUGCUGUCCGUUCAAGUAUUUUGAUGGACAAGAGUUCCUCAAGCUUGUGCAGAAUGAAACAAAGUCGAUUGCUGCCUCUAAAAUCGUUGGUAAAAAACCACGAUCAAAAGAUUUACCUCUUGAAUACUACAAACUAUACCCACGAUAUGGCUCUACGAAUGUUUUGAACGCAAAUGCAUCGAUAGAUUCCCGAAGCACUUAUCAACAUUUCUCAAACACAAUGCAAGAUCAGAUAUCGUACGAAUUACCCCUUAAAGUGGAAGGAAUAAGUUGCCGCCAUGAAGAAGUGUCACUAUCAUUCAACAAUGACCACUUCAAAGCUUCACAAGCGCUGUCUCCGAAUUUAAAGCAACUUCGGUCUGCGGAAUUAGCCUCCCAAUUCUCUCUUAGAAGUUUGAACUAUUUUGAUCUUCAGCGAGCAGAACAAUAUUAA